AUGUCCUUUGAUACGGAAAGGUUCAUUAGUGAAAUACAGAAUAGACCAUGCAUAUGGAACAUGUCGAGUGAAGAAUACAGCAACAGAGUAUUAAAGCAGAGCAAUUGGAAUGAAGUCGCUGAUAUUAUAUACGAUGAGUGGCAAAACUUAGAAGAAAACACUAAACAAAAAAGGACAAAAGCUCUUCAAAAGAAGUGGAAAGUGUUAAGAGAUGGCUUUAGACGUUAUGUCAAUAAAACAAAAAAAAUUAAGAGUGGCUCGGGAGCUAUUAAACUACGACAGUAUGUUUACUAUCAUCAGUUGUCAUUCUUGUUGCCAUUGACGGAGGAGAAAGCUGGUACUGAAGAUAGUUUGGAAAAUGAAUCGACUGAAGAUGCAGUUACUGAAGAGAAAAUACCACAGCGUGGUCGUAAGAGGACUAGUACGUCCAAAGAAGACAAUUUAAUUACACAACUGGCGAUAAAUUUGAAUAAAAAAUACAACGAAACUACAUUUGAUGAUAAAACCGAUGAUGACAAAUUAUUUCUUAUGGCUCUACACGGUGACUUUAAAAAAAUUUCUGACGACUACAAAUUAGAUGCUAAGACAGACAUACUGAAAGUUAUAAAAAAAUACAAAGUGUUAUCCUCUGACGUCAAUUUAUAUUCUAAUCAGACCUCAUUACGCUCGCAGUUUAACUAUCACCAGCCCUCAUACUCGCAGUUCAGCCAUCAGUCAUCGUCAUCCUACUCGCAGCCAAGCUAUGAUGAUUUCAGUAGUGGCUACAGUACUGGACCUCCUCAAGCAUCUACCAGUCGACCACUACAAACUGAUAUCACCAUUGGCUACAGCACUGGAGUUCCUCAAGCAUGUACCAGCUGA